UAGAAAUACAGUCGAUGACUCGAAUCAAUUGGAAACCAAAUUCAUAAAUCCUCGUGGGCUCGGACGGCUGCGCCAAAUUUUACUCCCAAAAAAGGGAAAAUAUUCUUUGCCUUCUCGGGUGGCUAGAUUGAAAACUCCGGAUCCUCACUCGUACCUCUUUCUGUUUCCUCUAAAAGCUUUGAUUUUUGAUCCCGACGGGAGCCGGUUUUAUUUUCCUUCUAUACACUAUCUGAAGUGGGAUAAUCCAUCAAACGAUUAAGGAUUCAAAAGCAUGUCGGCACUCUUCAAUUUCCAUUCAUUUUUAAUGGUAGUGCUAUUGGGAAUCUGCACUUGCACUUUCUUGAAGAUGCAAUUUCCAGCAAUCCUUGAACAGAGAACUGGCUUUCGAGGUUUCUUUUGGAAGGCAGCGAGAAUAGGUGAACGCUUAAGUCCUUGGGUGGCUGUAGGGUGCUUCACAAUGGGGGUGUCAAUAAUAUUUUUCUGAGCACAAGCGCCUUCUGCACGUUCAAUAGUGGGAUUCAUUUCUUCCAUGUGGAAAAAAGCAUCUCCUGUCUAAAAUUGACAUGUUUAAAGGUUUAUCUUGUGUGCUGCCAUUACUAGUGGACCUAAAGGCUAUGGUGGAUGGACAACUACGAUUGCCAAGUUUGAUUCCUUUCAUUUAGAUUAUUAAAUCUCUAGCCUUCUUCUUCUUCUUUCAAACUGUUCUAUUAAAAACUCAUUCUUUUGAUCAAUCUAAUUUACCUUUUGUUUUUUCUUUUUCUUUUUGUACAAAGGAGGCCUUAACAUAAGGAUAGAGAAAGGAGUUGCAGAUGCUGAAAUUCAAACUUCAGAUUUACUAGAUGUCGCCUCUUAAAGCUGGCACCAUACAUAUGCCUGCCACUUGCCCUAUGCAAAUCAUGCAAUUUUGAAGAUAUGAGAUGGGGUUAAAGAAAUAGAUCAAACUGAAAUCAGGGCAGUAGGUGACUAAAGUGGAUAGAAAUACAAGCCAUUAUAUAAGCAGUGAGCCUAUGCUUGAAUCUCCUCAAAGUCACGACCUUUUCACCACUCCAGUGACAUGCAGAUAGGAUAAUCUUCUUCGUAGGCUUCUUUGCUGUUUUGUUUUCUUUGGUGACAGCCACUGUUUCUUGAUUGUCUUCAUCUUCACCCCAGUGGAGAGGAUAGCUCCGCAAAAACGCUCUUCUAUUAUUGUAGUCUUCGUAGCGAAAGCUCCAAGUUCUCAUCUCAUCUUCUCCAUCCAUGCCUAAGAAUAUGCUUAAUAUCAGUGCCCGAGUCUUAAAAUUAUCAGAUUAAGUUUGGGUUCUAUGUAUAUAUAUUUUGGAAUUGGGUAGCUGAUAGGAUGAUAAAGACAUAAAAGUAAGACAGAGAUAAGCUGAAAAUGAUGGCAAAAACUUGGUAGCAUUUGUUUUUUCCUAGGUUCCUUAAGAAUAUAUCUUCUUACAUUUUUAAUAUGCUGUUGAUGUUCUACAAUUUUUACCGUGGUGGGGUUUUAUUCCUUUAUCUUUGUGAAUUAGAUGUUCGUUAUUGGUGAUAUUUUUGAUGCAAGAGAUGUUGCUAACACUAUAGUCCACGUCGAUUUCUUUAUUUGUUUAUGUAUCAUAAACACUUUCUUAUUUAUUUUCUGUUUAAUUUUAUCCUUCUUAUCAAGCAAAACUAGAGAAGCUUAUCAUAUGAACAUAUUUGUUAUCUGUGAAA